AAGUGUGCCAUUGUACUUCGAGCUCAGUUCAGUCCGUCGCGCUGGCAGCGAUCUUGAAUCCGCGUGAAGAGCCAUGGCGCAAGCACCGUACAUGGCAUUCCUUGCUCCGAAAUGGCCGGUGCUUUUGAUUGCUUCUGUGCUCGCCAUGCUGCAUCUUGACCACUGCCCUAAGAUUUCCAGCUAUAAUGCCCGUACGCUUUACAAGGAAUACGAUUACAUCAUAGUCGGUGGUGGAACAGCUGGAUGCGUGCUGGCCAACCGGCUUUCAGCUGAUGGCUCGCGAACGGUGCUGCUGAUUGAGGCAGGCGGUGUCGAGAAUGCAGCCACGGAAAUUCCACUGCUCUCAAUGAUACACUUUCACGGUCCUUUCGACUGGGAUUACCGAACAGAGCCGCAGAAGUACGCUUGCCUCGGGAUGGAUGACAAUAGGUGCAACUGGGCCCGUGGCAAGGUGCUAGGUGGUUCGAGCUCGACCAACUUUCUUAUGCACGUUCGUGGCAACCGAAGAGACUUUGACCUCUGGGAGAGUCAGCAUGGCGCGUUCAACUGGUCUUACAAGAGUGUGCUUCCUUACUUUAUGAAAUCUGAGCACUAUAUGGGCGCCAAUCCAGACAGACGAUAUCGGGGGAACAGCGGGAAAGUGCCGGUAACAUUUACCGUCACGCAGACACAACUCGUUUCCACUUUCCUGGAAGCGGGGCGAGUACUCGGUUAUAACUUGGUCGACUACAACGGCCCGGAGCAGGCAGGUUUCUCACGCACUCAAACUACAAGUUUCGAAGGAAGACGUUUCAGUGCCGCCAAGAGCUACAUCAGACCAAUCUACAAGAAGCGCUCCAAGAAUUUGCAUUUGUUUCUCCAAAGUCGGGCCACUAAAGUUAUUUUCAAGAACAAGAGAGCUGCCGGAGUCCACUUCGUGAAGGGUGGCAUCCUGCGAAAAGCACGAGCAAGGCGGGAGGUGAUUCUGUCGGCAGGCGUCAUCGGCUCAACGCAGCUCCUCCUCCUUUCUGGAGUAGGACCCGCGAGAGAUCUCGAAAAGCUGGGCAUUCCGGUGGUUGCGGACCUUCCAGUUGGCGAGAAUCUCCAGGACCACUUGUUCAUGGGUGGAAUGGCUGCCACGAUAGACGUCGACGCCGGACUGAAGCCGCAAGACAUGGAAGUAGUGAGAGAGUACGCUCGCACAAAAACAGGUGCUCUAACACUCCCUGCCGCUAUGGAGGCUGUUGGAUUCGUGAACACAUCGUUUGCCCCCUACGACUACCCAGACAUUGAGGUCGUCUUGAACAGCGUUUCCGCUGCGAACAUUGAGGCUGAGCGCUUCUUGCUGGACUUGGGACUCCGCCGGGAAAUAUAUGACGAAUACUACAAGCCGUACCGUGGGCGUAAUGCUUUUCAGCUGGCUCCUCUCCUUAACCGUCUCAAGAGCCGAGGUGUUAUAAAGCUACGCAGCAAUCACUACCGCGAUCCUCCGAUUCUUGACCCUCGGUACUACUCGCACCCAGCCGACAUCGAAAUCGCUGCUGAAGCAAUGCUCCAGUGCAUUCGAAUCCUGAGCACAAAGCCCUUCACCGAUCUGGGCACAAAGCUUUGGGGCAUCCCAUUUCCGCCGUGCAAAAGUUACACCACGUGGAGCAGGGAUUACCUGAAAUGCAUGGCGAGGCACCUGUCGCAUACCGGGUGGCACCAGUGCUGCACGAAUCCGAUGGGCUCGGGUCCCAAUGCCGUCGUCGAUCCCCGUCUCAGGGUUCGUGGAGGUGUGAAGCGACUGCGAGUGGUGGACGCGUCUGUGAUGCCUGACAUAGUGUCAGCAAACCUUAACGCAGCAGUGUACAUGAUUGCGGAAAAAGCCGCAGACAUCAUUCGCGAGGACAAUCCAUAAAUCAAGCUCUUAAAGACGUCCAGUACACCACCGUGAUUCUUAAGCAUAAUUCUUAAGUAUACAAAAAAUAAUGAUGCCAAGUGAAAACCUACGCCAUACUUAGUGCGGGAAACCACAAGUUUAUUUUUGAAACUAUGAGGCACAAACUUACGAUAAGCUUGAUGAACUCGCACGUUUUUUAUUUGACUCACAAUGAUAGCAAAGUUGUCAUUUCUGUUACUUUCAUUUCUUUUACUUUGACUUCUUGUAUUUAAGGCUAUCAAGUUUCACGUUAAUUUAGAGCGCAUCUUAAAUUAAAUAGGCUGUUGAACAAGCUAGAACACAUAGUUUGUAUUUGCUUUUCUUGCCUUCAUUUUUCUCUUGACUUGUGAUUGCCCCUGUGAUACGAGUGGACGACUGUUGGUGAAAACUGAUUGACCACCACGAGGUUGUGCUUCGCGGAAUAAAAAAGCGCAUAAAUGUA